CCGGCUGCCUUGUCGCCUCGGAGCCUCCUCCACUCCCGCUCUUCCUCACCGCCCGGCACGGCUGCAGCGUCAUGGCAGGGCACGGCGCCAGCCUGCUCCUGCUCCUGGGUCUCAUGCCAGCUCUCCUCCUGGCUGUCAGGAUCAACAGCAAGGGCCGGGAGGUGCUGUACCUGGCCAAGGGUGACUCGGUGAAGCUGGGAUGCCCCUACGUCCUCGAGCCUGAAGACAACGGUCCCCAGGGUGUGGGCAUCGAGUGGAUCCAGAUCACACCCGAGCGGACUGGCCCGGAGAAUGUGUUCCUGUCCUACCAUGACCACCACGUCAAUUACGGCAGCGGCUCAGGGCUGCAGGACCGGGUGGCCUUUGUGCAGAACGACCCCAGCCAGUACGACGCUUCCAUCCGCCUGGCUGACCUGCAGGUCUCUGACACUGGCACCUACCAGUGCCGGGUGAAGAAAAACACUGUGGCCGUGCAUGAGGUCAUCGUCACUGUGCAAGAGAAACCAGCCACUCCACAGUGCUGGACCGAGGGGGAGCUGACAGAGGGGAGCAGCCUCCUGCUGCGGUGCUACAGCCGCGGGGGAACCUCCCCGCUCGCCUACCAGUGGGCCAAGCUGGCCGAUGGCUACGGCGGGGGACGCCUGCCCUCUGGCACCAUCCAAGGACGUGCUCCUGGCGACCUGAUAAUCCGUAGCCUCUCGGAGGUGCACGCCGGCAUCUACCAGUGCCGCGUCACCAACCGUGUGGGCUACUCCAUCUGCCAGCUCAACCUCAACCUUGCGACAAGAGGAAGGCAAGCUGGCAUCAUCGUGGGCUCCAUCCUGGGCUCCCUCCUGCUCCUCAGCCUGCUCGGGCUCCUUAUCUGGGCACUGAUCUGCCGCUACCGCCGGAAGGAAUGCCAGCGGACAUGCAGUGACUGCAGGAGCAGCACAGGCGGCACCAUGACCCGCACCUGCAACGUCUGUGCCCACAGCUACUCGCCCCACGGCAUCAGCUACAUGCAGUGCCAGCACGGCGACGGCGACGAGCGAGCAGCCGCCCUCAUGUGCAACGAGGGCAUCCGGCACCAGGUCGCCUGCCCGGCGCUGUAACCCCCCGCCUGCUCCGCGCCCACCCCUGCUCCACGGGGGGAGCAACUGCGAGCCCAGCGCCGGCAGCACCGCCGGGAUCCGGCGCGAAGCAGCACAGGGCUGCGCUGCCGGGGCUCGCCGUGCAAAUUGAAGUCAGGAAUCCAGCUCCCUCCUCCCCCUCGAAACAGCCCCAGCUUCCAGCUAACUUCGUUUGGGUUCAUCAGUCUGUUUUGUUGGUUUUUCUUUUUUUUUUUUUUUUGGCCCCUUUUUUUGUAUGUCCCCCCCCAGCCACAGCCCAGCUCUCGGGGCAGCUCCCAGCCCCGCUCCUGGAGGCAUCCCUCGCUCGUGCAGCAAUAUUUAUUUCUCUCUGGCCCAUCCCCUUGGCAUCGAGCAGGGACGCAGCAGCCCCAAAUCGCCCAAACUGGCUGCCCGGUUGCCUCCCGCCUCUGGCCCGGCGCUACUAGCGCCUCCGCAUUGGCUUUAGCAAUUGGGUGUUAUUCGAGACGAGACGCCAUUGGCACCAGGAUUUGCAGUUUGGAACAAGAAAAAAUGAAAAGAAUUAAACUAAAGUGAAAUCA